AUGGGUUUCAAAGACGACCAAGGCUACCAGCUGUACACCUUAUUGACUGGUGGUCGCCCUGAUGAAAAGCUACCACCGCUUGACUUCAAGGAUGGAUCUCUCCACCUUGUCCCUGGCGAGGUCUGGUGUCGAUGGCGCGAGGAUAUCAGCGGAAUCAUUUGCAACUCUAGCGAAUACCAUGACGAAGAAUCCCUGCGCCGACACUAUGAAAGAGUCCAUGGUGCAACCCUCACCGCGAAGCAUCCGACUCACGGGAAAAGGAACGAAGCCAUGAUCUCGAGAUGGUACGCAGACGUUGUCAACGGACUUCAGCCCUCCUGGCCCCGUUCUGUUCAGACUGCUCGACUGGCUGUCCAGGACCUACCCAGGGGUUCCUAUUCAAACCAACUGGACUACCAGAGUGCCGUCAGACUCACUCGUCUGUUCAACAAGCAUAGUCCAGACAUGCCGCCAAAAGUCGGCGAAGGUCUACGUGGCUUGCUUGUCAGCGGUGCUUUCCAGCACACGGGCAGAUCUGAUGAAAAGCCUAUCAAGCAUCAGCUCAGCAAGGAGAUGUUUGAUGCCAUCAACAACGAGCCCAAAUGGAUGAACAUCACCUACGAACGGUGGUUCAUCUUGGUCGGCGUGUAUGGUGUGAAGACACUGCGACAGGAGUGUCAAGGCAUUGUCGACGCCGUUCUCACUCGUUGCGGAGAAGAGCUCGAUAGGAGCUUGGCCUACCAGCACGGCCCAGACGACAGCAAACCACACUUCAGUGUUUUGAUCACCCAAAUGUCUGACACGAUCGCGAAGCAACAGAAGGAAAUCGACCACCUCAAAUUGGCCGUGGGAGUGGAACCUGAUGACGAUUGA